AUGCGGAGCGAGAACGUAUCGCCGAGCACUCACAGAGAGCGGAAAAGGGCUGCCGGAAGGAUCCAUGGCAGGUUUUGUCCCAACGGAGAGCACAGGCCUACACAAUGUCCAGAGACCCCACUUUCGCCUCAAGCAUGUGUAUAUUUUGCACGUUUCGGCUCAUGCGGUCACAUGCAUACCGCAGGCAAAAGAGAUUGGAAAGCAACCACCACCAGCACCAACCAAGCCCAUAGUUCAAGCAGGACAGCGCGAGUCUGCUUGGUAAGUCGCCAUCCCGCCUCUUGCAGCCGCGUGGCCAUGGCUUUGCAGAUGCAGCAAAUGCAGAUGCAGCAGCAACAGCUGCAGCAGCAUCAACUGCAACAGCAGCAGAUGCAGGUGCAGCAGCUGCAACAUCAGCAGCUGCAGCAGCAGCAACUGCAGCAGCAGCAAAUGCAACAGCUGCAGCAGCAGCGACAGAUGCAGCAAAUGCAGCAGCAUCCACAGAUGCAGCAGCAGCCCCACAUGCAGCAAAAUCAGGCCAACUUUGGCGGUGCCAAGGGAGGAGCCGGCUGCAAAGGAGGUAUGCCUGGCAAGGGAGGGCAAGGGCCGGCACGGCCCCCGGCACCCCCGCCACCGCCGGGAGCCCCUGGGGCGCAGCCACGCCCGACUGGGCCGGGGCUGACAGUGACGGGGUGCAACAACGACACCGUUCGAAAUCUCAUCAACGGCUCCUACUCCGUAACAGGGGAGAACCAUGGCAAGCCCAUGUGGAAGAAGGACCUCCGACUGCAGCCAGAAUGCCUUGCCUCUUCCUUCUUGCGCCGAGAAGCGGUAGUCGCCAUAGACAAAGUGACCUCACAGGACCACUCUGGGCCUGGUGCCCGGGCCUCGAAGCCCCGACAUCUCCAAUAA